UGUGGUAAUUCACAAACAUCGUAACCUUAUCCAGUCAUAAAAAUGGCAGUUGAAGCAGAAAAAACUAAGUACAGGUCCUAUCUUAGUGAAGAAGAAGAGGUGAAGAACAUCCACUGGAGAUAUGGUCCUCCUAACUAUGAUCUUGUAGACAAGCUCUUUGAAGAAGGCCGAACUAAGAUAUGGCCUGCUGGAUCGCUCGAAGACAAAGUGCAGAGGCUGGUGAAAACAUGGGAAAUGGAGGUUUUCCACAAAGCCAACCCUGCUGAGUAUAAGACAAUAGAUACAAAGAAUUAUACUAUCAGCGUCAAUGGAAGGAAACCUCUAACCAUAGAAGAAAAAGGAAAACUAGGGGGAGGCUACAAUGUGCUAUUGCAAACCGCCUUGCCAGAGGAAUUCCGGGCUUAUGAUCCAGCUAAAGAAACCAUGGAAUCAGCUCUCAAGGUUUUCAGGACUACAUUUCCACGUGGAUUCGCUCUGGAGAUCCUUCACGUAUAUUCAGGGCCGCCGGUGAUAGUAUACAAGUUCAGGCAUUGGGGUUUCAUGGAAGGUCCUUUUAAAGGAAAUCCCCCAACCGGAGAAAUGGUUGAAUUUUUUGGGAUGGCCAUUUUUGAGUUGAAUGAGAACUCCAAGGUUGUGAAGGUGCAGUUCUUCUACGACCCUGGACAACUACUUGAAGGCCUUCUGAAGGGCAAACCAUCUGAUGAAUAUAAGAUUGAGGCACCUUCUACCUGCCCAUUUUUGCUACAGCAGAGUAACUUAGACAAAUGAGCUUGAAUCAAUCCUGAAGUGCAUUUCUUUGAGUUUCAAGUCAGAUCAGAGUAAAGAUAAUAUCAGGACCCUUUGAUCAUCUGUACUCCAUUACUUUAGUUAUACUAAUUAAAAU